GAAACCAACUGUGUGAGCGCGGCUGCUGCGACCGUUACGGAAAAAACGAUUUCUGAAACAAUACAAAUUAGAACGCUUUCUGCCAGUGGCCUUUUUUUAAAACGCCCUUUAAAAAUAAAUUAUUGUUUCAGAAGCAUAACAAUACUUCUGGGGGCUUCUCUUGUUUACAUGAAAAUAUAUAUAUAUUCUUCCAAGUAUGAUGCAAGAAUCAAGAACCAACAUUUGAAGGUGACAUGACCCAAGUGAUUAUCAAUACGUUUAACAGAAAUUGGAGAUAACAACUGAAGACGAUCUUUACCGGGACUUCGUCUGGUUUUAUUUCCGUCCCGUUGAACAAAAGUGUGAAGUAAAAGACUAUCUCAUUGAAAAUACGCGCAUAUUUUAGAAAUCAAACUCUUUAUUCAGAAAAGCGACGAUGGCGACGUUAAUCCGUGGCAAGAUUUCCAACAAGCUUUCAAAUGCCGCCACUUCUGUUUCCAAUAAGUCGCAGGCUAAGGUGAGCGGCAUGUUCGCCCGAAUGGGGUUCCAGGCCGCCACGGACGAAGAAGCGCUGGGGUUCGCCGCCUGCGAUGAUCUGGAUUACGACCAUAGACAAGGGCUGCAGAUGGACAUUCUUAAGACGGAGGAGGUCGGUGGCGAGGGCGGCGGAGAGAUGGUUGGAGAUGGCACGGCUGAGGGGGACAGCCACUACCAGAGAGAUGGCACCGGUCCCCCGCCCUCCUCUUCCAAAGACGCUGGGAUCUGCAACGAGUUAGCUCAAGACAAACCCAAAAUAACGGCAUGGGAAGCGGGCUGGAACGUCACCAAUGCCAUUCAGGGUAUGUUCGUGCUUGGGCUACCAUACGCCAUUCUCCACGGAGGAUACCUCGGACUGUUUCUCAUCAUAUUCGCAGCCGUGGUGUGCUGUUACACCGGGAAAAUUCUCAUCGCUUGUCUGUACGAGGAGAACGAAGACGGAGAGCUGGUGCGCGUGAGAGACUCCUAUGUGGACAUCGCCAACGCCUGCUGCGCGCCGAGAUUCCCGUCCCUGGGCGGCCACGUCGUGAAUGUAGCCCAAAUAAUCGAGCUGGUAAUGACCUGUAUUCUGUAUGUGGUAGUUAGCGGAAACCUGAUGUACAAUAGCUUCCCCCAUAUGCCCGUUUCGCAAAAGUCCUGGGCGAUCAUCGCUACCGCCGCGUUGCUACCCUGCGCCUUCCUCAAGAACCUUAAGGCUGUGUCCAAGUUCAGCUUGCUCUGCACCCUGGCUCACUUCGUUAUCAACGUCCUGGUAAUAGCGUACUGCCUCUCAAGAGCACGAGACUGGGCCUGGGACAAAGUUAAGUUCUACAUUGACGUCAAGAAGUUCCCCAUUUCAAUCGGGAUCAUAGUCUUCAGCUACACGUCGCAGAUUUUUCUACCGUCGUUGGAGGGGAACAUGCAGAAACCCAGCGAGUUUCACUGUAUGAUGAACUGGACCCACAUCGCCGCUUGCAUCCUCAAAGGACUGUUUGCCCUCGUGGCCUACCUGACCUGGGCAGACGCCACGAAGGAAGUCAUCACUGACAAUUUACCAUCCACUAUUAGGGCCGUGGUCAACCUUUUCCUGGUAUCCAAGGCCUUGCUGUCAUACCCGCUACCAUUCUUUGCUGCUGUGGAGGUCUUGGAGAAGUCUCUCUUUCAGGAUGGAGGGCGAGCAUUUUUCCCCGACUGUUACGGGGGUGAUGGACGCCUGAAAUCGUGGGGUCUCACCCUUCGGUGUAGCCUUGUAGUGUUCACUUUGCUCAUGGCUAUCUAUGUACCACACUUCGCUCUCCUGAUGGGGCUCACUGGCAGUCUGACGGGCGCCGGGCUAUGCUUUCUGCUUCCUAGCCUCUUUCACUUGAAGCUGCAGUGGAGAAAUCUUUUGUGGCACCAGGUGUUCUUCGACGUUGCCAUCUUUGUAAUAGGCGGCAUAUGCAGCAUCUCCGGCUUCAUCCACUCUAUGGAGGGUCUCAUAGAAGCAUACAAAUAUAAUCUGCAGGAUUAAAAACGGACUGAAAACGUCGUUACUGCACAUUUUCCACACCCACCAAAUUCACUUCCUAAUGCGCGCAGUCCCGCUUUUUCAACGCACAGACAGACAUGGCAUACACGCACAGACACACACACAGCGCGCGUCAGGCACAAACUAAGCACUAUAACUGAAAAUACAUGGAUAACCAAAUAUGGAGAGAGUGUGCAGACCGAUACAUAGCUAGGCUAUAUAUAAGUGAACAAAACAUUUUAACGUUUUUAUGUGGAGUGAAGGUUUACAAGAUGUCAAAGGAACGUGAACUGCAAUGUAAACACACACCAUACGUCCAUUGUUCGCGGUUUCCCGUUUAACCCAUCCAAGUCUAUACAUCUCACUAUACGGAACCAGAGGAGAAACUGCAUACCACGUGAUUACCGGGACACUAUGGGACUGUUUUAAACCAUAAUGUUUGACAUAGUUUUGACUUUGACUUAUACAUCGUUUUUUCAAGUUAUACAUCCGCGGGCAGAGCAGCAGCGAAUGGAUUAAUUUACAAUGGCAUCUUUUAUUUACUUACGAAUUAAUGUAUAUAUCUAUUUAUUUAUUUAUUCGUAACAUUUCAUUUAGCAGAUGUGCUAUGGAAAUAAUGUUAUUCAUUCAUUUAUUUAUUAAUUUAAUUGUUUGUUUGUUUGUUUGUUUGCUUUCUAAAAACCAAUGACAUGGCAAUAAAAUCCUACAAGUACAUUUUCCGUUUACAAAUAGCGAGACAAAUGUAUAUUUUAUUAUUCGGCCUUGGGUAAAUAUUUUAGAUGGCCACAUUAUUUUUAAAUAUCAACGAAGCUGAAAAGAAACGUGGACUACCUAUUUUCUUAAAAAGCAGCUUGAAUUUCUAGCUUUGCAGUAACCUAUAGCUGACUAAAAGUGGAAAUAUGAAAUAAAGAAUCUUACAAAAUAAGGUUUAGGUUAAAAUUAGGCUUAAAAAAUAACUGAGGACACCGUGAUGGUUCAAAUAUUGUAAAGGUUUCAUAUAAGCUAUGCAUUUAAUAUGUUACAUGAACAUAUGUUAAAACAGUAAUAUACAAAUAAAAUAAAAACUGUAGGAGAGAAAGAGGAAAGUUCAAAUUUAAUUUAUAUUUGAGCUGGCAAUGUUGUGUUUCACAAGUACCUGAAAGCUAUUAGUACAGUAAAAAAUUCCUGCAAACUAAGAAGGUAUUAAAAAAAAUAGCCUACGUUAUAAAUUACGCACAAACAAACAAAUGAACCGCAUAUGGUAAAUAGUAAUAUUAGGCCUAUAAAAAGUAGCCUACUAUUUUGGAAAUAUUAUGCCUCAUAUCUUCUCAUAUCUUCUUUGGAAGGGUACACGCAGAAGUACACUGAAAUAAAAUAAUUACUUGCAAUGCAAUUUAUUCACGGACAGAAGUGGCAUAAGCAAAUAUUUCCUUGAUAAAAAUCUUCCGACACAAUUCUAUGAAAUUCCAUUUUCAUGCACACUCGAAAAAUCCAUUAUGAAUACAAAACCAGUCCCGCAGUUCCAUAUCUCACGACAGUUUUAUUCUGCAGCGAGAUUUACUCUAGCAUCUCAGUGUUUCGGAAUUCAAAUGUUUGGAUCACAAAUUCUGAAGAGUCCGAAGAGGAGAAAUCGUGUGAAAAUACAUUUAUCAUUCCGUGCAAUCCAACAGGUCCUGUGGAAAUGUUAUAAAACCGUUUGUGUAGUGUUAUUGUGGUUUCAAAAUGAUGGAAUGUAUGUCACAAAAAAGUUAUCAUAUCGUGAAAAUGAAUAUAUUGAAGAAUAAAGAAAUACGUGAAAUUGA